AUGCCCUUGGAUAUGGCAGCCAUCACCGGACCCAGCGGGAUCCUCUCGCUCGACGGCCUGGUCAACCCGUUUGUAUCGAGCGAUCCACCAGAGCCGGGGCGUUUGCCGAGACACUGCUCCUCGACUCGACUUCGUUUUGCGUGGACUGCUGAGAGUCGGCAAGGAGGCGGUCAGAACACAAUACACUAUGCGAUCGCCACGGCCGGACCGGUCACUGUCAUUUCACACCCUGCGACAUGCAGAAACGCAGCGGUCAUUCGGUGGGCGUCGGGAGAGAACGGAAAGCAGACGACGAUAGAGACCGAGGGACUCGUCUUGACGCUCGAUGCGUGGGUAAAGGUGACCGACUGGGUUCCACAAAGUGGACCGAAAAGCGUGGACGAUGGCAGGCAGUCGAUCUUGACAGGCGCGUACUGGCCAUCAUGGUCUCUCGCAAAUGCCAUCGUGCUCACUGCGCUCAUUACCGUAUCGGGCCCAUAUGACUGGAAGAGAUAUCCUGCUGCAGCCGCCGAACCGCCGAGGUCCGAGCUUCCGAGUUACGGUGAAGCCCCGUUCACGAGGCCACUUGCCUCCCUGACUGGACUAGUCGUCCCAACUAUCAGGUCUCGCGCAAUCCAUUCGGCGCCGAGUCUUCCUCCGAUUGCCCGUCCAGCUCCGUUGCCUGUUCCAGGACAGCCCGUUAUACUUACCCUCUCCACCCAUCAGCUUCUCUCGGGUGUAUUUUCUAAUGGGGAUAGACCCGAGGUGGUGAUUACUACCGUUGGACCUCAUACUACUAUCGCUCGAUAUGUCCAAGGCGAAGACGAGACUGAGCGAAGGCUUCAGAGAAUGGCCAAUAUCGAGUGGGUCUCGAGUUCUUGGAAGGGCAAACGCUUGACUCGCUUACGCAUGCACGGCCAAAAGAAGAUUGUGGACGAAAUAAUGUAUAGCACUAGCCCGUUUUUCGAGAAGAGAGAACGACGCUUUGGGUCUCCCGGCUUCUUGCCAUGGAUUACAUGGGUCGAGCCUCGAGCCGGACAUCUUCCACCCACUCCCUCUCCACAUCCUCCUCUUCCUCUUCCAUCCGGUACAUAUGUCGCUCCCACCCCGACGGACGCCCCUCGCCACCUCUCCCGGAGAAUAACCAGCGCGGGAACAACGCUCGAGCUCACUCCAGAAGGAUGGGACCUCCUCGACUCGAUCAUCCUAACCAGCCUCCUCGUCCUCUGCGGCACCCACGACUGGAAACGCGUCUCGGGCAUCGGCGUCCCCGUCCGCGCACAAGAGCCCGACCCGGACCGCGCGAGCCUCGACACGAUGGACGCGAUGGCCGUUGGGGAAGAGAUGAUCACCGGGCUCGAUGGUCCUGGGGCCGGGAGUGGCUAUUUGAGCCCUGCGAUGCGCGACGGGAGCGGCGUUUUGACUCCCGCGAGGGCUGUCGGGAGUUUGACCCCAAUGAUGGCCAGUGUGCAUCCGUCGCCUGUGCCGUCGAGGCCUGCGUCGCCUCCGCCUUACUAG